AAUGGGAUUGUCAGUUUUAGCAAGGGGAACUUUGCAAGAAAAAUUACAGUGGGCUUUCCAGCUCUACGAUGUUAAUAAGGAUGGAAUAAUAACAAAGGAGGAAAUGUUAGACAUUGUCGGCUCUAUCUAUGAUAUGAUGGGACAUUAUAGUGCAGAGAACGAUGCAACUCCUAGGCAGCACGUUGAAUCGGUGUUUAGUAAAAUGGAUCAGAAUAAGGAUGGGGUUAUAUCGGUUGAAGAAUUUAUGGACUCAUGUAAAAAGGAUAAGACAAUCAUGCAAUCACUCUGUGCUUUUGACACAGUGAUGAAUGGAUGA